UCGUGCGUUUGCCUUGUUUGUGGUGUUGUACCGGUCGUACGUCGUGCGCUCGUGUUUUGAACUUUUGACCGUAAACCGUAUCGUUAACAGUGUGACAUGGCUCCUUCCCUGCGCAGCACAGUGAAGGUUCCCAGACGAGCGGUGCAACUUGCGACUUCCACGAGCAAGCAGUCAUCCCUCAAGUAUAAGUUGCUGUUCAGACGCUCGCAGCAGCCGCGCAGCGAUCUUUCCAGCCAGAGAGGUGUGUCCCAGCCUUCAAACUUGCAACAUGCCACGCAGAAGGUACCAAGACCCACUGGUGAUACCUCCACUCGGAGAGUUCCCAAGACCAGUGGGAGCCAUCUCAAAAACUCUGGUGAUGAUAUUGAUGUCCCUGCCCAAAGCGGCAAGAAGCCAAAGUCGCAGGAAUCCCCUGAUAGGGUGCCACGGCAACCCAUGUUGAAGUCAGAUACCGAAGACUCUGAUGAUGUUGACAACCCAACCCACAGCAAGAAGACAAAGUUACAAAAAUCACGUGAUAGGGGGCCACGGAAACCCAUGCUCAAGUCAGACACAGAAGACUCUGAUAACAUUGACGACCCAAACCUCAGCAAGAAGACGAAGUUACAAAAAUCACAUGAUAGGCAGCCACGGAAACCCAUACUCAAGUCAGACGCAGAAGACUUUCAUGGUGUUGAUGACCUGGCCAAGAGCAAAAAGCCAAAGUUACAGAAAUCACCUGAUAGGGUGCCACGGAAACCCAUACUCAAGUCGGACACCAAAGACUCUGAUGACAUUGACGACCCAAACCACAGCAAGGAGACUAAGUUACAAGAAUCACAUGAUAGGGGGCCACGGAAACUCAUACUCAAGUCAGACACAGGAGACGUUGAUGACCUGGCCAAGAGCAAAAAGCUGAAGUUACAAAAAUCACGUGAUAGAGGGCCACAGAAACCCGUGCUCGAGUCAGAUACCGAAGACCCUGAUAAUGUUGAUGACGUGACCGAAAGCAAGAAGCCAGAGACGCAGGAAUCGCCUGAUAAUGUGCCAUGUAAACCCAUGCUCAAGAUAGACACCAAAGGCUCUGAUGAUGCUGACGACCUGGCCCAAAGCAAGAAGGCAAAGUUACAGAAACUACGCAAUACGGUGCAACAGAAACCCAUGCUCAUGUCAGACACUGAAGACUCUGAUGACGUUGAUGACCCAACCUACCACAAGAAGUUAACAUCAGAGGAACCGCAUGAUCAGGUGCUGCCACGAAAACCUACACUCAGGUCAAAUGCCAGAUCCAAUCCUGGCAUGCAAUUAAGACAGCCUUGGAAGGUGGACCUUAAGAAAGCCAGCAGGCUUGCUGGGCCGCUGAAAGAGCCACCGAACACUUUCCUGAAAUCCAAAGAUAGCCUAGGAGAAAAGGCACAAACUAGCAAAAGUCAUGAGGCAACAUUCAAGCCGAUCAGUAGCUGUUCAGGCAUCACCCAGCAAGCAGACAAGCAGGUUGCAGCUCCUGCUGGUAUCCAGCACAAUAGAAGAAUAAUGUCCAUUGGGCUGCCAAAGUUUAGGAAACCCAUCUAUGCCAAAAUGCAGAGACAGCAGUUCAUGCAAGCACAGACUGCUAGACCUCGACGCAGUGAUGUCAUGACGACAAAGGCAAUGUCGGAUGUUCUUCGAAGGAAAAAGCGUACCAAGAGGAAGAACAGUCAAUACAAGUGCUCCGUGACAGGAUGCCCGCACACACGUGACGAAGGUCUUGUUGGCUUCUGGCUCUUCCCAAUCCCCGACAAACAAGAUGAGCCAUCACUGCAUUCUGCAUGGCUACAAAGCAUGCCUGUUGACUUCAGUAUCAACAGGCCAUUGAGCCCCCGCGUGUGCUUCAAGCACUUUGACCAACAAAAGGACUUUGUAUUGGCAAGCAAACGUUUAGUUGGACUCAAGCCUAAUGCUGUCCCCUCCAAAAUGCCACGAAAGUGCCACCAUAGGCAAUCCAUGACCUCUACUGACGCAGCACAGAAAUUAGAGUCUGCAAAUUCCAUUGACACGGGACGUGUAUCACAGUCAACUACAGCCACUGACGGAGGAAAUGAGGUACAGUCAACAACUGUGGUUGCAAUGAACCACGGAUCUCAAUCCACAACUGGCACAGGAAAGGAAUCUGAGCCUACGUCUAUUGUUGGCACAGCGCAGGAAUUGCAGACCAUGACACCUGCUGAAGCAGCACAGGAAUUAGAGUCUGCAAAUUCCAUUGACACGGGACAUGUAUCACGGUCAACUACAGCCACUGACGGAGGAAAUGAGCUUCAGUCAACAACUGUGGUUGCAAUGAACCACGGAUCUCGAUCCAAAACCGGCACAGGAAAGGAAUCUGAGCCUACGUCUGUUGUUGGCACAGCACAGGAAUCGCAGACCAUGACAGCUGCUGAAGCAGCACAGGAAUUAGAGUCCGAAAAUUCCAUUGACACAGGACGUGGAUCACAGUCCACUACAGCCACUGACGGAGUAAAUGAGCUACAGUCAACAACUGUGGUUGCAAUGAACCACGGAUCUCGAUCCACAACUGGCACUGGGAAGGAAUCUGAGCCUAUGUCUAUUGUUGGCACAGCACAGGAAUCGCAGACCAUGACAGCUGCUGAAGCAGCACAGGAAUUAGAGUCCGCAAAUUCCAUUGACACAGGACGUGGAUCACGGUCCACUACAGCCACUGACGGAGUGAAUGAGCUACAGUCAGCAACUGUGGUUGCAAUGAACCACGGAUCUCGAUCCAAAACCGGCACUGGGAAGGAAUCUGAGCCUAUGUCUAUUGUUGGCACAGCACAGGAAUCGCAGACCAUUACAGCUGCUGAAGGAGCACAGGAAUUAGAGUCCGCAAAUUCCAUUGGCACGGGACGUAUAUCACAGUCAACUACAACCACUGACGGAGGAAAUGAGGUACAGUCAACAACUGUGGCUGCAAUGAACCACGGAUCUCAAUCCACAACUGGCACAGGAAAGGAAUCUGAGCCUACGUCUGUUGUUGGCACAGCACAGGAAUCGCAGACCAUGACAGCUGCUGAAGCAGCACAGGAAUUAGAGUCCGAAAAUUCCAUUGACACAGGACGUGGAUCACAGUCCACUACAGCCGCUGAUGGGGGAAAUGAGCUAGAGUCAAUGACUGUGGUUGCAAUGAACCACGGAUCUCGAUCCAUAAGUGGCACAGGAAAGGAAUCUGAGCCUAUAUCUAUUGUUGGCACAGCACAGGAAUCACAGACCAUGACUGCUGCUGGCACGAACUCAGAACCGCACUGUUCAAAUGCUAUCACCCCAGUACCGAAAUUAGCAUCAGACAGUAACUCAAAAUCUGCAGCUGAAUUGGGGCCCACUUUCCAAGCUUCAACAGAGUUGAUAGGGGACAAUUCAGGGGCAGGACAGCAGAACAAGGACAAUGUUUGUGCUAGUGUAGUAUCAGUAAAUACAGGGAGUCUUGAGGAAGCAGCCAAGUACUGUCCCAUGGUCGUCACAGUGUCCCCUCUUCAUACAGAAGAUACAAACACUGGAACCUGCAAACCUUUGCCCUCAGGCACUCCUUCAGAGAAAUGUGCCCUUGAAUCAGUUUCCAUGCAGGCCACCAAUGCGUGGAAUAAGCCAGAGCAACAGAAGCAAGAUAUUUCCUGUUCUUUGGUCACUUGUGGUCCUGUUGAUGAUGCAGGCAGCAGCACUACUGUUAGCCAUUGUGCAAGCCCGGAAGGCAGCCAUGACUCUGAUGCCAAUGCGGAUGUGUGUGGGCUGGUGAAGUCUGUUCCUAAGGAAAUGUGCAGUGCUUUGACUCCACCUGUUUUAGUUACUGACAAUGAGACAGCAGAUGCCAUGGUCGGCAAAUUAGAAAUUGACUUAGAGACACUCCCACAAGUAUCAAAAGAUGCUAUAGCGUCCUCUAUGUCUGCACAGAUGUGUUCUGCGAGUAAGCUUGUUGAUACCAGCAGUGACAGAAUAGACAAAGAGGGAAUGAAAGUCGCCACUGAAAGACACAAUCUUGAUCCUCCUCAUCAUGUUGAAAGCAGUCAUAGAAACGAUGCUUCCAUCACUGCUUUCCGCACAGCUGCCAAGGUCUGUCGCACAUUAGAUGCACCAGCAAAGCCACUGUUUCAAAAAGAAGUCACAGUCUCUAAUGUAGCUGUGCUGAGCCAUAAUCUCAGUAACCUUGUCAAUUCAAGCAACAGUGAAAUGAACAGAAAUAAACAGGACAACAUAUGUAAAAGAGGGCUGCCUGAGUUUUCUGCGCAGAGCUAUGGUUAUGGUGUUCAAAGGGGUGACGGACUAGUCUCGAGCCAUGCCUUCAAUGUGCCUGUUGCGAAAGCUGCAGUAGAUGGAAAAAACUGGCCAAAAGUUUCAAAGGAACCCAGUGCAUCUUGCUCAGCCAUUGUGAGGCACCGUACAGAUUUGCCUGGUGGCAACAGUACUGAAGAAGCAGGGAAGAGUAAACCGACAAAUCCUGCCACUGCAAGUCAUCUGUUUGAUCCUUCCCAAGGCAGGUACAUUCUUAAGAAAGAAGUCUUGCAAGACGGAGAUGAACUUGGCUCUAGCGCUGUUUUGUGCACAGUCGUCUGGGUUCCCACAAGAGACACCAACCCAUAGUAUCAAGUGCCUUAAGCUUACAGUCUGGUUCAAGCACAAGUAAGAAGGAAGAAACGGCCAUGUAGAAACAGUAACAGAACAGCUCGUAGCACAUGUAGUGCUCCAUUGCCAAUAAACGAAGCCAAAGCCAGAAGCGUUGACAUGUUGCAGGUGCCUUUUGUUGUUUGUGGACAUUGCUUAACAUGACUGGAGUGCUUGUGUGUGACUGUUUGCUGAAAUAUUUAUUGUUAUUAAUGUGUGUGUGCUUGUUCCGUCUUUGGACACAUUUACAUCAUCAGUAUUCCGAACGUUGUGGUUGUGCCUGCAUAUAGAAGCAUUUUGUAAACUGUGCAUAGGAAUCUUCCUUCUUUGUAUCAUGUUGUGGAGCUUCUUGUCACAUUCAAACAAGAAUUUGUUGCAUUACACGUGUAUGCAGAAUUGUUAUGGUGGUCCUCGCACUUUUGCAAUAACGGCUAGCAUAAAAGUGCUUUAAUUGCAGCAAUAGUCAAACGAAGGUGCAUUGAGGAAGCAUUGUGGUAGCACAGCGAUUAAACUGGGACCAGUAGAGAUGCAGACAGGAGCCUCUGUGCAUGUGAAUGUACUGUUGGCAUUCAAUAUUUAUCGGACACGUAUCUAUGAUGAAGCUGAAUCUCGUGGACCUAUGGACUUGCAAGUCUGUAGGUCAGACUUGCUUUCUCCAACAUUACUGGAACUUGUUUGUACAGCUUAGCUAUCUUUAAUGUAUCAUUUGUCAGAUUGGCAUGCAUCUGUGAAGGCUUUCUUUAAUUUGAAGCAUUCUUUGCCUCAUUCCAGGCGCUUUGCAAUAGGUACUCAAUUUGGGCUCAACAAAAAGUCAAAUAAUUGGGUUUGAAAUACCGAAUCCACCCAAACAUAAGUGACAUUAUUCCAUAACUGGCCAGAAAGGUGUGCUGUAAUCUCUAAUUGUCGCUUUUGCAGAUAAAUUCACUUUCGUGUGACUAGCACAAGACAUAUCAGCAACUGCGAGCGACGGCAUUCUUGGCAUUGCCAAGGAUGCAGUCUUAUCACAGUGUGGAAAUGCUGCCACCUGCCAGCCUGUCCGAUUCUAGUCACGUGAAAUAUUUCAAAGAUGAAAGGGUACUUUCCAAAGUGGUCGUCCAGUUAUACAUUCCAAGUUCGUCAAUGCGUAGAUGCACCCUCAUGUGCUUCCUUUAGGCCUUGACUGUCCAUGGCUGCAGUUUUCUGGCAAUGUCUUUUAUGCUAUUGUUUUUCACACUUUUUGUGCAGUGGCCAGAGUGGCGUUCCGCACAUGUUAUCAUUGGAAUCGGCUGUCCAUUAACGGUAGAUAAGAGCAGCAUAUAACUGGGCGGAAGGCAAUGCUACGAAAUUGUGGCCCGUAUCUCGACCAUUUUCAUGAUGUUGCUACAGAUAUGCUCAGAAUCUUCAUUGGCAACUACUAUAUUGACAAGGCUUUGCUAGGUUUGGUGUCGAGGAGGCAGUGGCGAUAUGGCCGGUGACUAUGUCUGUGACAUAUAAAAGCGAAAAUCACUAUUUCUACUCAACGCAGUGGCGAAAUUACCACAUGGUCAUGUAAUCGAAGUCCGAUUUAUCACACGUGCUGUCAGGUGUGUGUGAAAGUUUGUUCAUCCUUACUCAUUAAGUCUAUGGGGUAGUGUAGCUGUGGACUGUAAUUCCAUGGCAGUGGCGGACUCCAAUUCCUGUGCUGCCCCAGCAGUAUUCAUGGACGUCUGUCAUAACAUCAGCAAAAGCCACCAACUGUGGCUCCUGUCCCAUGCCAGCAAUAGCUGAUGUUUAAGUAACGAUCUAUCUUUAAUUAAAGCUUUAGUUACCUGCACUGCUUAAUAACUCGGAGCUCUAUGUUAACACUUCUGUGUCCUUCUGUGAUGAUACAAGUUUCCAUGGCAUCAUUUUUUUUUACCGCAUUGCAAAACAAUCUGCAAUUCAGUAUGUUGUCUGUGCACUUGUGUGAGCUGGUUUCAUUGUGCAAGCGAUACCUGCACAACAAAUUAAUAUGCUCCCUUUUUGACCCGUAUUGCAGGAAUUGUUAACCAAUUUAUGAUCUUUUCAAUUAAGACUUCUGGCUUCUAUAUACUCUUCAUGCAGUUUAUUUUUGCUUGUGUUGCCUGUGUUCAGGGCUGCAGAUCCUAUCGAGCCUGAUAGAUGGCAUUUCUUCUGUACCCACCAAGUGGCAUUGAUGCUGAAAUAAAAUGACCAACAGGUGUGGGAAAAAUGAGUA